AUGUAAAAGACAAAUAUUAUUGUAAUUUUGACCCUUGCUCUUUUGGAUGCUGCAUACUGCCAUUUCGCAUGGGGCAAAUGUCCUGAUGUUUAGCUCAAAGCAACCCUAGAUCCAGUAGAAUACUCUGGCAAAUGGUAUGAAAUGUACAGCGGACCACUUUUCAAAAAUGUGGGUUAAAAAUGUGUGACCGCUGACUAUACAUUAUAAACUGAUAGUAGCAUCAGGGUAAAGAACAGAGCUAUCAAAUAAGAUGGUACAGUGGGAGGCAUAAUGGGAAGAGCCACCUGCAGAGGAGCUCAAUGCAGAGUUAAGUUUGACAGCCUCUUUAUUCCAUAUGGACCUUAUGAGGUACUUGAAGCAGAUUAUGACUCAUAUGCUGUUGUUUAUACAUGCAGUCAUUAUCUAUUUGGAGUAUUUAGACUUUAAAAUAUCUGGAUUCUUUCAAGAUCUACUACACUUACUGGCAUUACAUCUAACGAUAUUUUGACUUUGAUAAAUACAAAAAUACCUAGCUACCCAACCAGCAUUUUAGAAGUAACUGAGCAAGGCGGCUCUUGUACUUACGCUUGA